AUGGGAGAAGCCUCGGGGACAACAACCUAUCACCUGAGAAUACUCGCUGAAGCCUCGAAGACGGACGUGCCUGGAUGGGGAGUCGCUGUGUAUCUCGGCGGGGCCUGUUUUGCCAAGAACAUCACACUUUCAGACCCCUUCACAAAUAUCGAAGAGGAUGAGUGUCGGUGGUAUCUGGAAGACUAUCUCACCAAAUCCCCUUUCGAGAAGGGCAGAGCAGAGCUCGCUGUCGAGUCCCUGAAUUCGUAUGCAGACAGUUUGUUUGAACAGUUGCAUCUGAGUCGAGUCUGGAGGAGGCUGAGUGACAAGACAAAUCACUCCAACAAAGUCCUCGAAAUAGAUAUUGUGGAAGACACCAAAGACUCCAGCUCUGUCUCAUCGGAUACAAUCCACCGACUUCAUUGGGAAGUUCUCGAGUGGCCACGACUAUGGAAGCAUAUCAGGCUGCAAACAUUACUCCGGCGUAUCAUCCCGCAAAAUGAAGCAACGAAUCUCACCAUUAACAGAGUUGAGUCUUGGUCGAGAGGGGUGCCGUCGGUCAACGUGCUGCUUGUGAUAUCACGGAGACUUAUCAAUCAGGGAGCAGAUGAGGUGGAUCCGAACUUGGCAUUACAAAGCCUCCAAACUCUUCAAAAAGAUUUGGAGACUCGAGAAGCACCCUUCCGCCUUAACAUUGAGACCGUUCGUCCAGGCUCAUUCAAAGCCUUGAAAAGACACUUGGAAGAAAGAUCUGAACGUCAACACAGCGGCGAUGUUCAUAUUGUUCAUUUCGAUGUACAUGGCCGAGUGGGUCUUCGAAGCGUGAAAGGGGAAGACAAAGCAACAACGGCAGCUUUCCUUUAUUUUCAAUCUGGAAAGGGCGACGGCAGAUUGUCCCCAACUCGAGCUGGGUCCGUUGCGGACCUCUUGCGGAAACACAACAUUCGUAUUGCCGUCCUUAAUGCUUGUGAAUCUGCCAAGGCAAACAAGGGAGACGAGGCGAACCUAGCAAGAGUCUUCACCAAAGCCGGCGUUCAGAAUGUACUUGCUAUGGCGUAUAGGACCCUUGGGAGCACAUCAACGGAAUUCAUGCGUGCCUUUUACGAGGCUCUCAUCGCCAGAGGCAAACCAUUUUCGACGGCUAUACGUAUUGCACGAGAGCACCUACGCGCAUCACCAAUUAGAGACGCCCGUUUCGCUCUCAGGAGAUCACUAGAGGACUGGAUCGUACCUGUUGUGUACGCAAGUGGAAAAGAUGUUGAGCUUCAUAUUUCCUCUGUUGAGAAAGGUGUCCUCGCCCUCGAGAAUCCAACACUUACCACAACAACUCCCAAAGACCAACUUACAACUCCUCUUACGCUCUUUGGGCGCGGUUUUGACGUCCUCAGGUUCGAAACUAUUUUCCUUGCCUCAAAGCUCAUUGGAAUUUCAGGUCCUGCAGGAGUUGGAAAGACUGCGUUCGUUCACCACCUUUUGCGCUGCUGGAAAGACACGCGACUGUACGAAAAGACACUUUAUGUGGACUGUGCGUCAAUCGAUGUGAGUGAAGUCGAUACUCCCGGAGCGCUAUUUCAACGAAUCUUAAGUGAUGAAAAUCCGGGGAAGAGUGGCCAAUUUGAGGAAGACGAGACCGUAUAUCGAUCCAACUUGUCAGAACUUGGGAGCCAUUUUCAAGUCAUCGUUUUCGAUAAUCUGGAAGCAAGCCACUCGGCAUUCAAAGAAAUGGACGAACAUGGUCGCUGGCCAGAAAAUGCAAGAAUUGCUUUGGUAACCCUGAUAAGAGAUAUCAUCAACAGCAGAUCACAGUACGAAGAAAGCCCGUCACUGAUUUUGGUUGGGAGACGGGAUGACGAUGACUGGUGGGCGGGGCAGUUCCCAGACCUGCCUGGAUUUCCCCGCUAUAAACUGAGGGAUUUGUCCCAUCCGGAUGCCAUAGAGCUCUCUCAUAAUGUUCUUGAAGAUUUAGGAUUCGACAGAAGUCAGUGGAACAAUGAGGAUGAGAAUAUCUUGUCACAAGUUCUGAACAUACUUCAAUGCAACCCAUUGGCCAUUGAUAUCGUUCUAAGAACAGUUGUCUCCAAGAAUCAUCCCUGGAAAGAAUUGUUCAAUCAGAUAUUAUUCCACCAAUUCACCGGAGCAUGGCUUUUGCAUGAGUACCAAUGCCGCUUUCAAACCCGAGACAUAAUGUUUGGUAGUAACACGGGACCCCUUUCGGAAUAUUAUGCCAACGUCUACUGCAAUUUGACCCUUUACUGGCACGAAGGACCAGUAAAGGAUGUUUUUCAAAACUGGUUGGAUGCUUCUCUAGAGGGAGGUGGUUGCAAAGCGAUCGAAUUUGGGGUCGAUAGGGGAUAUUUCUCUUUGAAUCCCGAAGGACGUAUCGAACAGAUCCACCCAUUGUUCACUCUUCUCGGGCGCUCCAUAUUUCCUUUGGUACCUGGAAUUCUUGCAGUGGGGCUUGUGUGGGCGAUGGCAGCGGAGGAAGAAUCAUUGCCAGAUCAGUUUGUCGAAUAUAUCUGGCCGGAGGAUCUAAUCGUAUACGUCACCCUUGGAAUAUAUUUUCUUUCCGUGGACGAGAUGUCUCUUCUUAUCAAACAUUACGAACAUUUCCUCCGGAGAUUCAUAAUGCGCCGCACAAUGACGGAAGAUGCGCUGACGCUCUUCCGCAUGAUCUCAAUUGGAAACAGCCUUACCACUGCCCAUUGGACUCUCUCGACCCUCGACAUAAAGCGAGCUCUAGAGUUUUCUCGAUUGACAUACGACAUAAUCGACAAAACGGACGCGGCAUUGCUUAAAGACCCUAGUCUCACCGGUGCUGUUUCGUUCGCCAUGAUGAAUCGUGGAUUUGCCGACUUUGCGCAGGGCACGAAGACUGUGGCGGAGUGCAGAGCUUCGGGCAACUCAAUACCUGACAUGAUGUUCCGCCAGGUCCGAGAUGACGAACAGAGGUCCUUGAUUGACUCGUUGACCUGGGAUGACGUCCCAAAUCCCAACCAGGUACCAAAUCUACAGCAACUGGCUCCUCAGAUGGAGCGUAUCUUUGAAAAUAGAGAUAUGCAAGCCCGUGUAUCCGAGAUAAGUGAAUCAGUCCAUCGCGGCACAGGUUCAGUUGAGUUGAUGGAUACUGUUCUCGGGGAAUCUGCCAUACGCCCAAAUCAAGAGGAGUUCCUCGAGCGGUGGACCAACUUAUGGAGUCAGGCAGUACAACAAGGUUCCAAUGUGAGGAGUCUGGACUUGGAGAAAGCACUCGACGUACGAAAUCGGCUUGACGCAAUCACACAUUACAAAGCACUCUUGACGCAGGCGCUCAAAGAACAGAACGUGGAAGCACUUAUCGAAAUACUAAAUUCCAUGAUUGAAAUCUUCCAGUCAGAUGAAGUAUUCGCAGAGGACCUCACCCAGGCACUGAAGGUCAAAAAGGCGUUCGAGAGUGUCGUCCGAGUCAUUCAAGUGUGUAUAUCUCCAGGUAUAAACAGAUCCCCUACAGAAAUCCAAGCUAUCUUGGAUGACGUCGACACCGUGGAGUUUCUGGAAUCUCAGAAAGAGUACCAUGACUCCAUGCGAGAACACCUGCGGAAAGUGGUGAAAAGAAAGCUGCUGGAGGGUGAAAGUAAAGAAGCGAUCAAACACCCGAAGAGACGCUUGAACGAUGUGAUGAAAGAGGUGAUGGGAUAUGCGGCCACACCGGAAGGCCAGGCAAAAUUGCUCGAAUUUGGCGUCCCACUUCGAGCUCGUAUCAAGCAACUCGAGCAAGCGAUAGAGGCCGAGGACUUUGAGACAGCUAUUGCUACAAUGGACCAAAUCGUCGAGAACAACAAUCCAACUAUGUUCGCUGACUUCGAUACAAUGGAUAUGGCCCAGGAACGGCAAAGGCUUGUCAGUUCUUGUGACUUCAAGAAAGCUCUUGUUCCUUAUAAUCAUGCCCUGCAAGAGAAUCGCCUUGAAGAUGCAAUUGCCAUAGCCGAGGGUCUUCUCCAGGAUCAUGAAGGCGGCAAGUAUCCAAACUUGAUGGAACAUCUUGUCCUCGGUACACGGGCCGCGAUGGAGCGGCUAGUCUGGUUAAGACAUGCUCAGAAAUGGGAGAUGGCUUUCAUUGCUGAUGACUACCCAACUGCUUUCACUGAGAUCAGGACACUGAGGCGACUUGAAACGUCGAGAGCACUCGACGAACCAAUAACAGCACCAAUCCUAACAACAACACAAACCGUCACCUUCUAUGCACGUGAUAUUACCGAGUGGGACUAUCUCAGAACGCUUCAUCGACACUUCGGCGAAACUAAACGCCCUCGGCUUGCUCUUAGGACAGUGGUGGCUCUGCUAGAGCGAUAUGACCAUCCCGACGACCUCGAACAACCUGCAUGGCUUCUUGCCGGGGUCAUUGAGAGUGAACGUGGGUUUAAAUGGCUUUACGAGAUUGAAGUUGCAAUUGGAAACUGCCAAGCACCUUGA